CCAAUUCCCACUAUAAAUUUCAUCUUCCCUUCUCUUCACUCUUCUCACCAUAUUAACCAAUUUCAACCCUUCCGUAUCUUCUCUCUCUCAAUCUCAAUCUAAUUCUCAAUCCAUGGCCUUACCCAGAAAUUUUUCUCAGUCCGAUGUCUCUCUACAUUCCACCUUUGCCUCUCGCUAUGUCCGCGACUCUGCCCCCAAGUAUCUCAUGCCCGAAAACUCCAUGCCCAAGGAGGCCGCCUUCCAGAUCAUUAACGACGAGCUCAUGCUUGACUGCAAUCCGAGGCUGAAUCUGGCUUCCUUCGUCACCACUUGGAUGGAGCCCGAGUGCGACAAGCUCAUCAUGGACUCUGUCAACAAGAACUACGUGGACAUGG